UAGACGCAAAACACCUUUAUCUUCUCUCUCUAUCUAUAAAAAUGCUACCUUUCCCUGCUUCCUCAAGGCACGAACACUGACUGAGUUGAGAUCUUUGGAGAUCAGUGUGCCUGUGAGAGGGGGGGGAGAGAGAGAGAGAGAUGGAGGGGAAAGAGGAGGAUGUGAGGCUUGGAGCAAACAAGUUCACGGAGCGGCAGCCGAUAGGGACAGCCGCGCAGAGCCAGGACAAGGACUACAAGGAGCCACCACCGGCGCCACUGUUUGAGCCAGGCGAGCUCAGCUCCUGGUCCUUCUACAGGGCUGGGAUAGCGGAGUUCGUGGCCACCUUCCUCUUCCUCUACAUCACCAUCCUCACCGUCAUGGGGGUGGUCAAGUCCAGCACCAAGUGCUCGACGGUGGGCAUCCAGGGCAUCGCCUGGGCCUUUGGCGGCAUGAUCUUUGCGCUGGUCUAUUGCACCGCUGGGAUCUCAGGUGGCCAUAUCAACCCGGCGGUGACCUUCGGGUUGUUCCUGGCGAGGAAGCUCUCCCUCACCAGGGCUCUGUUCUACAUGGUGAUGCAGUGCCUGGGUGCCAUCUGCGGGGCUGGUGUGGUCAAGGGGUUCCAAAAGGGGCUCUAUGAGAACAACGGUGGUGGGGCAAACGUGGUGGCUCCUGGCUACACCAAGGGCGAUGGCUUGGGUGCUGAGAUCGUGGGCACCUUCAUCCUCGUCUACACUGUCUUCUCUGCCACUGAUGCCAAGAGGAGUGCUCGGGACUCUCAUGUGCCUAUCCUUGCUCCGCUGCCUAUUGGCUUUGCAGUGUUCCUGGUUCACCUGGCUACCAUCCCCAUCACUGGCACUGGUAUCAAUCCUGCCAGGAGUCUUGGAGCUGCAAUCAUCUACAACAAGGGCCAUGCUUGGGAUGACCAUUGGAUAUUCUGGGUUGGGCCAUUCAUUGGAGCUGCUCUUGCUGCCUUGUACCACCAGGUAGUCAUCAGGGCAAUCCCAUUCAAGAGCAGGUCAUGAGCUUCCUGAAAAGAUGAUGUGGUUUCUGUCAUGUCUCUCUGUCUCUGUCAAUGUGUUGCAGCACUGUGGUUGUCUUAAAUGUGUGAACUGGACAUUGCUAUAUUGUUGUUGCUGUACUCAAGUGUAUUUCUGGCAGAUUCCUAAUCUUC